AUGAAGAUGUUGACAAGACUCCAAGUUCUCAUGUUAGCUUUGUUUUCAAAGGGAUUUUUACUCUCUUUAGGGGACCAUAACUUUCUGAGGAGGGAAAUUAAAAUAGAAGGUGACCUUGUUUUAGGGGGUCUGUUUCCUAUUAAUGAAAAAGGCACUGGAACUGAGGAAUGUGGGCGAAUCAAUGAGGACCGAGGGAUCCAACGCCUGGAAGCCAUGUUGUUUGCUAUUGAUGAAAUCAACAAAGACAAUUACUUGCUACCAGGAGUGAAGUUGGGCGUGCACAUUUUGGAUACAUGCUCAAGGGAUACCUAUGCAUUAGAGCAAUCACUGGAAUUUGUCAGGGCAUCUUUGACUAAAGUGGAUGAAGCUGAGUAUAUGUGUCCUGAUGGAUCCUAUGCCAUCCAAGAAAAUAUCCCACUGCUCAUUGCAGGGGUCAUCGGCGGCUCAUACAGCAGUGUUUCCAUACAGGUGGCAAACCUGCUAAGGCUCUUCCAGAUCCCUCAGAUAAGCUACGCGUCCACGAGCGCGAAACUCAGCGACAAGUCGCGCUAUGAUUACUUUGCCAGGACCGUGCCCCCGGACUUCUACCAGGCCAAAGCCAUGGCUGAGAUCCUGCGUUUCUUCAACUGGACCUACGUGUCCACCGUGGCCUCGGAGGGCGACUACGGGGAGACGGGCAUCGAGGCCUUCGAGCAGGAAGCCCGCCAGCGCAACAUCUGCAUCGCCACGGCGGAGAAGGUGGGUCGCUCCAACAUCCGCAAGUCCUACGACAGCGUGAUCCGCGAGCUGCUGCAGAAGCCCAACGCGCGCGUCGUGGUCCUCUUCAUGCGCAGCGACGACUCGCGCGAGCUCAUCGCCGCCGCCAGCCGCGCCAACGCCUCCUUCACCUGGGUGGCCAGCGACGGCUGGGGCGCGCAGGAGAGCAUCGUCAAGGGCAGCGAGCACGUGGCCUACGGCGCCAUCACGCUGGAGCUCGCCUCGCACCCCGUCCGCCAGUUCGACCGCUACUUCCAGAGCCUCAACCCCUACAACAACCACCGCAACCCCUGGUUCCGGGACUUCUGGGAGCAGAAGUUCCAGUGCAGCCUCCAGAACAAGCGGAACCACCGGCGCGCGUGCGACAAGCACCUGGCCAUCGACAGCAGCAACUACGAGCAAGAGUCCAAGAUCAUGUUUGUGGUGAACGCGGUGUAUGCCAUGGCCCACGCCCUGCACAAAAUGCAGCGUACCCUGUGUCCCAACACCACCAAGCUUUGCGAUGCUAUGAAGAUCCUGGACGGGAAGAAGUUGUACAAGGACUAUUUGCUGAAAAUCAACUUCACAGCUCCAUUCAACCCAAAUAAAGGUGCCGAUAGCAUUGUCAAGUUUGACACUUUCGGAGAUGGAAUGGGACGAUACAACGUGUUCAAUUUCCAGUACGUGGGUGGCAAGUAUUCCUACUUGAAGGUUGGUCACUGGGCAGAAACCUUAUCACUAGAUGUUGACUCUAUCCACUGGUCCCGGAACUCGGUCCCCACUUCCCAGUGCAGUGACCCCUGUGCCCCCAAUGAAAUGAAGAACAUGCAACCAGGGGAUGUCUGCUGCUGGAUCUGUAUCCCUUGUGAGCCCUACGAAUACCUGGCUGACGAGUUUACCUGUAUGGACUGCGGCCUCGGGCAGUGGCCCACUGCAGAUCUGUCUGCCUGCUUUAAUCUCCCCGAGGACUACAUCAGGUGGGAAGAUGCCUGGGCCAUUGGUCCAGUGACCAUCGCCUGCCUGGGCUUUAUGUGUACAUGCGUAGUUGUGACUGUUUUCAUCAAGCACAACAACACACCCUUGGUCAAAGCAUCAGGCCGGGAGCUCUGCUACAUCUUGUUGUUUGGGGUUGGUCUGUCCUAUUGCAUGACAUUCUUCUUCAUUGCCAAGCCAUCACCAGUCAUCUGUGCUUUGCGUCGACUAGGGCUGGGGACCUCCUUUGCUGUCUGUUACUCAGCCCUGCUGACCAAGACAAACUGCAUCGCCCGCAUCUUUGAUGGGGUAAAGAAUGGAGCUCAGAGGCCAAAAUUCAUCAGCCCGAGUUCUCAGGUUUUCAUCUGCCUGGGUCUGAUACUGGUGCAAAUUGUGGUGGUGUCUGUGUGGCUGAUCCUGGAAGCUCCGGGCACCAGGCGCUACACCCUUCCAGAGAAGCGGGAGACAGUCAUCUUAAAAUGCAAUGUCAGAGAUUCCAGCAUGUUGAUCUCACUCACCUACGAUGUGGUCCUGGUGAUCUUAUGCACUGUGUAUGCCUUCAAAACUCGGAAGUGCCCAGAAAAUUUCAACGAAGCCAAGUUCAUUGGUUUUACCAUGUAUACCACGUGCAUCAUCUGGCUUGCCUUCCUCCCUAUAUUUUAUGUGACAUCAAGUGAUUACAGAGUGCAGACAACAACCAUGUGCAUCUCUGUUAGCCUGAGUGGCUUCGUGGUCCUGGGCUGUUUGUUUGCACCCAAGGUGCACAUCAUCCUGUUCCAACCCCAGAAGAAUGUGGUCACACACAGACUGCACCUCAACAGGUUCAGUGUCAGCGGAACGGGGACCACAUAUUCUCAGUCCUCUGCAAGCACGUACGUCCCCACGGUGUGCAAUGGGCGGGAAGUUCUCGACGCCACCACCUCAUCUCUGUGAUUGUGAAUUGCAGUUCAGUUUUCGUGUUUUUAGACUGUUAGACACAAGUGCUCACGUGCAGCUCCAGAAUAUGGAAACAGAGCAAAAGAACCCUAGUACCUUUUUUUUAGAAACAGUACAAUAAAUUAUUUUUGAGGACUGUACAGUAUAUAGUGAUGUGCUAGAACUUUUUAGGCUGAUUUUAGUGCCCCUAUUAUUAACGAUUCCCCCAAAUGUGGAAAUAACCAUUGUUUACAGAGCUGAGCAUUGGUGACAGGGUCUGACAGGGUCAGUCUAAAAAAUAUGGUGGCAAUAUUAGGUAACUUUUUUUCCUAUGAAGUUUUUUGUAGGUCCUUGUUGUAACUAAUUUAGGAUGAGUUUCUAUGUUGUAUAUUAAAGUUACAUUAUGUGUAACAGAUUGUUUUUCUCAGCACAAAAUAAAAAGCAUCUGUAUUAAUGUAAAAAUAUUGAGAAUAAAACCUUCAAGGUUUUCCAGCAUGGUGGAUAAUGGCUUAUUCUUUUUUAAUCGCUCCAAGUAAUCUGAAUAUAUUGACUUCAGAUUAUCUCUGCUUUUAAUGUUGGAAAUACUUGACUAAGUGUGCUUCUCUUUCCAUCUACAUACACUUUGAACACAAGCUGUCACCCUGAUAAGAGAGUUCUGAGCAAAACUGGACUUCUUCAUAGAUCACAAAGAUCAGAUUUUGAGUGACGAUACCAUAACCAUCAGGUUGUUUCAGGGGCCAGAUGACAAUAUCUGUACUGGUUUCUUUAAGCCACAUCUGUACGGCAGCCCAGAAUUUGCCCAAAUAGCCGUCAGAUGCAGUAAGGAGAGGAUUCCUACAUUCUGAAUGCAGACACUGUGGCCUGCCAGGGAAGGCAGGAUGGCUCUCAUUUUCAAAAGCACAAAGAUGGCGAACUAUUCUAAUGUAACUAUUCUAAACCAACCAGGAAGUUACUAGGAAGGAGGCUGGGAUAGCAUCCUGUCAUGCCAAUGGAAA